GCGUGGCUCCCUGUGGAUGGGCUCAGCUCGGCGCUUCCGCUUCGGAUUUGUAAGGGAUCCCGCAGCAUCGUCAAGAUGCAUCUGGUUACUAACGUAGGCAAGUAAGAUGAAGUUAAAAAAAAAAAAAAGUUAGGCCAGCGAUCGCCUGGAUGUUGGCUGAAAGUGAAGAAAAGGAGUAAAUGUAACUGCUCCCUUCUGGGUUAGACCUUUUGGCUGCAGCCUGCGAUGAGACGUGAUUUCUCGUUUGAAAUCCCGCCUGAGUCCUUCUCAGGGGUAUCUGCAGAGAGGGGGCAAAAAAGUCAAGAGGGCGGUGACAACCGCGGGACUGAAACCUUUGUCCUUUUUUAUGUGCAGUGCCAUCCCCGUGGACACCCUGGUCAUUGCGUUAGAAAACGUCUGUGACUAUUCCGUUGUACGUGUAACGUGUGUGUGUGUAAUAAUUUUAGGUUUCCAAAGAAAAUGAUUGGCUUCCCGGACACUGCGCUCAGCAGAGGUUUGAACAACAGAUACUGUGUCGUACACGUCCAGGAUAAUGAAGAGUUUGAGAAACGUCUGACAAUAGUUUCUUCUCUGCUUGACGAUUCAGACAGAGAAUUGUGCAUCCUUCAGGAUGACUGGAUUUCUGUUCCAGUUCAGCCUGGAGAUAUCAUUCACUUAGAAGGAGAGUGCAAUUCUGGUAUCUGGAUAAUAAAUGCAGAUUCAGGAUACUUAAUUCUGUAUCCAGAUGUGCUACUUUCUGGCACCACUGUAUCAAAGAGCAUUCGGUGCAUGAGGAGAGCUGUACUGAGUGAAAAGUUCCAGAGAUGUGAGCGUAGUUCACGUGCAAUGCUAAUAGGUACGAUUCUACAUGAAAUUUUCCAGAAAGCGGGAACAAAUUUUACGCAGGAGAAACUGAAAGAAAUUGCUUUCUCAGCUGUUCAUGGACCAAAGUAUCUAAAAGAACUGUAUCAAUUAAAUCUGGAGCAAAAUGAUAUAAUGUGUGAGAUUGAGGAAUACUUACCAUCUUUUAUUAAAUGGGCAGAAGUCUAUAUAAACAAACACUGCCAAAAUAAUGUGCAGUUAAAACCGCUAAGAGAUAAGUCCUGUUAUACUGUCAAAGUUACAGAAAUCCUGGAUGUUGAGGAGAAUAUCUGGUGUCCUAGGUUUGGCUUGAAGGGGAAGAUUGAUGUUACAGCUGGAGUAACCAUUCAUGAAAGAUCUAAAACUGAGACCAAAAUAAUGCCACUGGAGCUUAAAAGCGGAAAGGAGUCUAACUCUGUAGAGCAUAGAAGUCAGGUAGUUUUGUAUUCCCUACUGUGUCAAGAAAGGCGAGUUGAUCCUGAAGGUGGAUUUCUCUUGUAUUUGAAAACCGGCAAUAUGUUUCCUGUAGCAGGAAAUCGUAUGGAUAGGAGAGAACUGAUUAAACUAAGAAAUCAGUUGGCCUUCUAUUUAAUUCACGACACGUGUAAAUCUGCCACAGGAAAAAAGCAGACACAGCUUGCCUCUCUACCUCCUUUGAUUAAUGAUAGUCAAGCAUGUACCUAUUGCUCUCAGAAACAGAACUGUAUACUUUAUAGUAGGGCUGUAGAACAACAGAAAGACAUCUUGAUUCCUCCGGAUAUGGUGGCUGCUGCUGAAAAAGAGACCCAGCAUUUGAAGCCUUCUCACUUGGAAUAUUUCCAUCUCUGGUAUCUAAUGUUAACUUUGGAGUCACAGUAUAAAGAUGGGAAAAAGGGGCGCAGAAAUAUAUGGAUGAUGUCUGCUGCAGAAAGAGAAAAACAUGGUGACUGCAUUGGAAAUAUGAUCAGAAUGGAAAAGGUAGUAGAAGUUUCGGAUGGACAGUAUCUACACUGGUUCCAGCGUAGAGACGAUUGUGUGCCAAUCACAACUUUGAUGGUUGGGGACAGAGUUGUUCUAAGUGGCGAAGACAGCAGUUUGCUUGGCUUAUCUACUGGCUAUAUUCAGGAGGUCAAUAGAACCAAAAUUUCCUGCUUAUUGGAUAGGAACUUAUCUCAUCUCCCUGGGGAUACUGCAUAUAGAUUAGAUCAUGAGGAAGGAGCACUUGGCAUAGAUGCCCCUUUAGCAAAUCUUUCUAAAUUAAUGGAAAAUUCUCCUGCCAGUGAAAAGCUUCGUAACUUAAUAAUAGACUUCCACAAGCCACAGUUCGUUCAAUACUUGAGUUCUGUCCUUCCUCCAGGAGCGAAGGAGACUGUUGCAAACAUUCUGAAAGGCUUGAAUAAACCCCAGAAACAAGCAAUGAAACAAGUUCUUCUUUCAAAGGAUUACACCCUUGUUGUUGGUAUGCCAGGAACAGGGAAGACUACGACAAUAUGUGCUUUGGUUCGGAUUCUUUAUGCUUGUGGUUUCAGUGUUCUCUUAACUAGUUUUACCCACACAGCAGUUGACAAUAUCCUUCUAAAGUUAGCAAAGUUCAAAGUAGGAUUUUUGCGGCUGGGAAGAGCUCAGAAGGUUCACCCAGACAUAAAGAGGUUUACAGAAGAAGAGAUCUGCAAAUCAAAGUGCAUUAAAACUGUGGCUCACUUGGAGGAACUGUACCAAAGUCAACCAGUCAUUGCAACAACAUGCAUGGGAAUAAACCAUCCAAUCUUCACUCGUAAACGAUUUGACUUCUGCAUAGUGGAUGAGGCUUCUCAGAUUAGCCAGCCCGUCUGCCUUGGCCCCCUUUUCUAUUCAUUUCGAUUUGUGCUGGUGGGAGACCAUCAGCAGUUGCCUCCACUUGUGCAAAAUCCAGAAGCAAGAGAAUGUGGCAUGAGUGAAAGUUUAUUCAAAAGACUGGAACAAAACAAGAAUGCUGUUGUGCAUCUAACUGUCCAGUACCGAAUGAACAGUAAAAUUAUGUCAUUGAGUAACAAGCUGGUAUAUGAUGGUAAACUGGAGUGUGGCUCUGAAAAGGUGUCCAAAGCUGUAAUUGACUUGCCGAACUUAAAAAAACUGAAAUUGGAAGAGUAUUCUUCAGAAACGUGGCUAAAAGAAACACUUGAUCCAAAUAAUCCUGUUUGUUUCCUUAAUACAGAGAAGGUUGUGGCCCCUGAACAGAUAGAAAAAGGUGGUAUAUGUAACACGACUGAAGCCAGACUGGUGUUCUUCCUCACAUCCAUGUUUUUAAAGGCUGGUUGUAAGCCAUCAAAUAUUGGAGUCAUAUCUCCAUAUAGACAUCAGUUGAAGAUCAUUACUGACUUGAUGGCAAGCUCGUACAUCAACGACGUAGAAGUAAAUACUGUGGACAGAUACCAGGGGAGAGACAAGAGUGUAAUUAUAGUGUCCUUUGUAAGAAACAAUGUGGAUGGAAAUGUUGGAGAACUUCUGAAGGACUGGAGACGUCUUAAUGUUGCCAUUACAAGAGCCAAACAUAAAUUAGUUAUGCUGGGCUGUGUGCCAUCCCUGUGUCUCUAUCCUCCUCUAAAGGAGUUACUUCAUCAUUUGAAGACUGAAGCCAUGAUUUUCAGUAUUCCUUUAGGAGCAUAUCAACGUGUUUUACAGUGUAAACUCCUGUGACAAACAGACACUGAGGAGAAAAUCUUCACUAAUAUGAGACUGAUAGACUGAAUUCUGCCAGAAGGUGCUAAACUAGAUUAUCACUUUAAUUCUAGCUUGUGUUUUUUUUUACACACUAAUGAUGCCUUAAAUAGAAAUUUGGGCAUUUUAAAAAUAGGUCUUUAAGGAUUAUUACAGGAUGUCUGUAUUUUUUCCCAUUCUGGAGAACAGUAUCCCCUUAUUUGAUCUGACUGAGCAUUUGAAUUCCAUUGAUCAAGUUGAUUUUGUGCUUGCAGAUGUGAGCAGCUUUAGCUCUGUGUACACAGAUCUUAAAGUGUGCAGAUUACAAACUGAUGUCUUUUUUCACUUCACCCUUUAGUUUAGCAGUAUAAAUUGACCCAAAACCUCUACUGUUAAAAUUGGUAUGUAAAUAUUCUAGGAAGUCUUUCUCUGUGUCAUAACCAUUCAAGGAACUUUCCAGAACUUUUUCUCUCACAGUCUGAUUCCCCACUUAAAUAUGACUUCUUUCAUAUGUUGAAAAUGUAUUAUCCUAAUAGGAAAUGUUGAUAUUUAUAUGAAAUUUCAAUGAUGCAAUUUUAGUAAGAAAGAAUGUUUGAAACGCCCUUUUCUUUUCUAACGUUGACAUAAUUUGGGGGGGGGGGAGAUAGAACUGUAUAUCUCAAGCUUAUUGCAUGUUCUAAUGCCAUUUAUUGAAGUAGUGUACAAUUCAAUUUUAUGUGUGGAAAUAUAUCCGGUAAAAAGUACACUAAAGGAAUAAGCUACCUCUUGGAUGAUAUUUUAAACUUUCCUUUGGAUUUGAUUUGUUGUAAUAGCUACAGUAGGUCCUAACUGCAUUUAAAUCAAAUUCUUUUCUACAUAUAUUUUUGUAAUCUUUUUACCUCAGGUAUGUAAUAUUUUAAAAUGCUCAUGUUUUUGUAGAAUGUGUAAUAAAAUUA